AGGGAAAGUGUCAAUUAUUUCAUCGUUUCUUCAUUUUGCAUUUUGUGUUGUCUGCUACCGUCGGCAUUUGGAAUCUACCCGCUUUACAGUCGUUGAUAGAAGAUGUUCAAUUGUUCUAAACAAUGUCGUCUCCUGCACCGAAAUCACCAGAGCAGUCUGAAAAGAGCAAGAAGUAUGAUAGACAGCUUAGACUCUGGGGGGACCAUGGGCAAUCAGCAUUAGAGUCAGCCCAAGUAUGUCUUAUCAACGCGACUGGUAUAGGAACAGAAAUACUGAAGUCACUUGUAUUACCAGGAAUUGGUGCCUUCACGAUAGUUGAUGGGAAGAAAGUAACAGAAGAAGAUACUGGAUGCAAUUUCUUCCUGGAUGCAGAGAGCUGUGGCAAGUCUCGAGCCCAGGUUGCUACUCAGUUGCUUUUGGAGCUGAACCCUGAUGUUCGAGGUGACUAUGUUGAUGAGAACAUAGACCAGCUGCUGGAAAACAGCCCCGACUUCUUCAAUAAUUUCACAGUUGUCAUCGGAACAUCACUGAUUGAAAGAACUUUAAUCCCUCUUUCCAAGAAGUUGUGGGAUCUGCAAAUCCCAUUCAUUGUGUGCCGCAGUUACGGUUUCAUCGGUUACAUCAGAGUGCAGGUGGCAGAGCAUACAGUAAUUGAAACUCAUCCAGAUAAUCAAAUACCUGACUUGCGUCUUGACAGACCAUUUCCGAGCCUCAAGAAGUAUGUUGACUCCAUAGAUUUGGAAGCCAUGGAGUACAAGGAUCAUGCUCAUGUACCAUACCUCAUAAUUUUGUAUAAAUAUCUGCAGCAGUGGAAGGCUGAACACAAUGGACAGCUUCCAAAAAAUUACAAAGAAAAGGAAGAUUUCAAAUCCACAAUUCGAAAGGGUAUAUAUGUUGAUGAACAUGGAAAUCCAGAAGAUGAAGAAAAUUUUGAAGAAGCAAUGAAAGCAGUUACAAGCAGCAUAAAAUCAACAUUGGUACCAUCACAUGUGAGGGAUAUUCUGGAUGAUGACAGUUGUAUUAAUCUAACAUCUAAGAGCAAACCCUUUUGGAUAAUGGCAAAAGCAGUGCGAGACUUUGUGGAAAAUGAAGGUGAAGGGUGUUUGCCACUCUGUGGCUCUAUCCCUGACAUGACUGCAGAAACGGGGAAGUACAUUGCACUGCAGCAAAUAUACCACAAUCAGGCAGCAAAAGAUUCUGAGGUUGUGUUCAGAUGUGUACAGCAACUGCUGCAUCAAUUGAACCAACCCCCUGACACCAUCACAGAGAAAGAAGUGAAACUGUUCUGUAAAUAUGCCAGCAGCCUUUAUCUGGUCAGGGGCACCUCUAUAGCUGAUGAGUAUGACCCCAAAACACUUAAUGCUCAGAAUAUUGCUGGAAACUUGGAGAAUCCUGAGAACACAAUGGUGUACUACGUUAUGCUUCGUGGAGUGGAUAGAUUUUACUCUGAAUAUAACAUGUAUCCUGGGGAGUUCGAAGACCAGGUGGAACCUGACAUCGUGAAGCUGAAGGCCUGUAUCUCUAAACUGUUGAGUGAGUGGGGUUGUGGACCCUUGGCAAAGGAUGACUAUGUCCAUGAGAUCUGUCGGUAUGGCGGAGCAGAAUUGCAUUCUGUAUCGUCAUUCAUAGGAGGCUGUGCAGCACAAGAAACCAUCAAAUUCAUCACAGGCCAGUACAAGCCAGUCAACAACACAUUCAUUUAUGAUGCUAUUACUUCAAACACUGCAACUUUUGCUUUUUAAAUAAGAAAACGCCCUCUUUCCAAGAUUAUACAAAAGAUUUCAUUGCUACUCAUGGUCUAAACAAUGGUUUUGUAUUUCCUACCUAAUGUACAGUUUAGAUAUUCUUGUGGUAUUAUUGACACAUUAGAAUGUGUCAAUAUGACAAUAAAAUGACUUAUAGAAAUCUGGGUAAUUUCGUUUGUCUCCUGUGAUAACAUUCCCAAAUUUGAAACCAGCUGGGUGAGGUACAGGGGUAUUUCUGUGUGCCCUUUUAGCCACUGCCUCUGAUAAGUCUAAUUUUUAUCAAAUACUUCUUUCAUUUAAAGUCUGAGCAAAAUUCCCAUUAUAUUUUCUUAAUACUUUUGCUGUCAUUUCUUUUUCAUUCUUAAACUUCUUCUCUGAGUAUCUUUUGUAUAUUUUUCCAUUCUUCCUCUGUUAUUUUUCUCAGUACGUUGAGUCUGUUUAAUUCUCCCAAACCAUAAUCUUAUACUUUGAUAGUAAUAGCUCUAUUGUAAAGCAUAUUUCUCUAUUGUUUCUUACUUGAAGUUCCUUUGAAUCUAUCCUGGGAGUAUUUGAAUGGGUGAAAUAACUAAAUGACUUGAUUCAAAUGCAGAUCCACAGCACACUUUGGUAUGUAAUAUCAUGCAUGGUUUUCUUUUAUUAUAUAUUAUAUGAUUAAUGACUGACUUCUUAACCUUUUGCUGCCCACAAAUAUUUAUGAUUAUUUUUGUGAUGAAGCAAACUAUUAAUAAUUUUCAUAUUAUGAGAAAAAGUCUUAUUAAUUUCUUCCCAUUCCUACUGCAAGAUAUUUUCCCCAUUAGGUGUAAUAUUCCUAUUGUUGUGAACUGUAAUACUGCCAACUCUGGUGUUAAAGUCACCCAUGAUGACCAUAAUUUUGUUUUUUAAGAGCAGGUAGAAGGAAGUUCUGUGUUCUUCAUAAUGGGUUAUGGAUUAUACUUUUUGACUUGCUCAAGCUACAAUUAAAUUUCUUAAUGAAAGUUUAGUAGUGGUAUUAGUAUUGAAAAAAUGUAUAUAUCUCUUGACAGUAAAAAAUAUUUGAAAGAAAAUACACUGCAGAAUUCUGAUCUGAACUAAAAGAGACCAUCAGAAAUUGGGUGCAGGAUGCCCGUCAUCCAUUAACUAAUGGAUGGACAACCUCCAUGAGAACUCAGUGCAACUGGGCUUACAGGCAGUAACAAUGUCCUUUGAUACACAGACCCGAAGCCACUGUGAGGAGAUAGUGGACAUGAAGAAGGACCUCAGGAUUCAAGGAACAUAGGUUGAGAUAGAAACGAGGACCCCAGUAGGAACCCCCUCAGCACGAGUUCAAUAUGCAGCUAGCAGAAGUCAUGGGAUGAGUUCAAAACGCUGCUAGCAGAAGUCAAAGCCCUAGUUAUAUGCUGAUCUUAUGGGAGAACAGGAACCAGUAUGUAGGUGCAGUGGUUCCAACAGUCAUUUGAGACUGUGGCAGAGCAUAACUACUGGACAUGCCACAAGAAAGUCGCUGAUUGCUGCUUUGAAUGAGCUGGCUGCCCACAUUCUACGUGGUAUCCCUACCAGAGUGACAUACGAAGAGUUUACUGAGGCCCUCAAGGAUCACCACAGUAACUGCCAUUAGGAAGCAGUGUCCCACUACCAACUGAAAAGGACCCAACUUGUCACGGAAUACCCACAGGAGUUUGCCGCAACCACUGACCACUUGGAUCAAUGCAUCCAUGCUGAACUACCCGAACACUGAAUUAGUAAAGAAGCCACCCAUGCUUUCGCCAAAAGGAUAAAGGAGCAAGAUAUAAGUAUGACAGUUACUCUUGCGGAGCAAGAAGACGCCCAGCAAGACCCUUGAGCUGGAAGCAGCCAGUUCCCUCCAGGGAUCACCGAACAACAGCCAGGACAUUCUGGAGGAGCCAGUCAGCCAGAAGAAUUCCAUAAUUAUUUUUUUUACUAGUAUAAAAAUCGCCACUUCCAAAACGUAUAUAAAUUCUCAAGAUAAGUUACUAUAUAUAUUGUGGCAUGUGGACCCAUUGCUAGGCAACCACCACGAAAUAAGAAACUAUACAACAGCCGUUGCUAGGUAACGGCUCUGUCAACAGGCACAAACAUUACAAAUGCACUGAAACACAGAAGCGGUGUUUUCUGCAUAGUCCGUUCUGAGAUGUUAAACGCAGGACAAGUGAAAAGUCAGUCAGUGUGGAAUUGGUUGGCGAGUUAGUGGGUUAGAGGUCUGCUGUGGUUCAGCUGAUCUGUAAUAAGAACCAAUCAAGAAAGGAUGGAAGCCAUGAUGGAGGCCACAGAUUUCGAGGCUCAGAGUCAGAGCAUCAAGAAGUCCCUAAGGAAGAAGCUGUGGUUAAAAGUAUCGGAGCACUGGAGGGCCAAUAUCUUGCUUUACGCCACCGCCAACAAAAUGGACCCAGGGUGAUGGUGGGUCCUGGAAGAAGUUGAUCGCUGCCCACAAAUGGAUGACCCACCAUGCUGUUCCAGCUGGCAUAUGGGACACCGUCAUAAAGGACCAAUGGUUGACCUGAAGAGACACAUUUGUGGACAUCAGUUUGCAUCAGAUGAAGAUGUGUGUGGCUGGGUAAAGAUGUGGUUCCGUAGACAGCCCACAAGCUUUAUCAAGG